AUGGAGACUCAGGACAGAGCAGAGCUCUGCUUUCCACAACUCCUCAACACCUCCUGCAGGAAGCUGAGUCACCCUCGGACUGAAGUCCUGCUGAUACAGAUUCUGAUGUCCUCCGUCUCUGUGCUCACUGUGACUCUCAACCUGCUGGUCAUCAUCUCAGUCUCACACUUCAGGCAGCUUCACGUUCCCUCUAACCUCCUCCUCCUCUCUCUGGCCGUUGCAGACUUCCUCGUGGGCCUCGUUGUGAUGCCUUUUGAAACUCUACGGCAUUCAGAGUGCUGGUUUCUUGGUCCGUUAAUGUGUUCUUUCAGUUUGUUUGUCACCAUCACUGCAACCUCUGCUUCAAUAGGAGACAUGGUCCUCAUAGCAGUGGACCGUUAUGUGGCUGUUUGUCAUCCUCUGCAUUACUCCACCAGAGUCACUGUGAGAAGAGUUCAAAUUUGUAUUUUUCUGUGUUGGAUCUGUUCAGUUUUAUACAACACUCUGUUUUUAGGUGCUGGUUUGGUUCAAACGAGCAGCCACGAUUCCUGUCAGGGUCAGUGUGAGAUCAACACCUUCAUUGUAGGAAUAGUUGAUAUUGUAAUUUCCUUGUUUCUUCCUAUUGCCGUCAUUGUGGUUCUGUACGUGAGAGUGUUUGUGGUGGCUGUGUCUCAGGCUCGCGCCAUACGCUCUCACGUUCAAGCUCUCACACAGAAACCAUCCGUGAACGUAAGAACCAUGAAAUCUGAGCUGAAAGCAGCCAGAGCUCUGGGUGUGGUUGUAAUCGUGUUUAUCAUGUGCCUGUUUCCGUUUUACGGUGUUGUUCUUUCAGGAAAUAACUUCUUGAAUACACCAUCUGGCUUCAUCGUUCACUUUAUGUACUUUUUUUAA